CAAGAAGCAGAAGAACUACAACACAAUUUGCGCAUGCGCGGGUCCUCCAAAACACCGAAAUUACCGCAGGAGGAUAUUGAAGGAAAACAAUGCAAUAUCUUGUGUCUUCAGUGUGACCUCAGUGUGACAGCUAGGUGUGUGUUCAGUGGAGGGACAGGGUCAACAUGUCAGCCUCAGACGGGACCUCAGACUGUCCUCAGGACAUGGAGGGGAUCUGUGUGAUGCCGGAUCUCAGUGCCAUCAAGACGGAGCCGUCGGUGGGGGGCAGUCCGGAGAACACAAACACCCAAAAUGUGGCCAUGGGCAUCAAGUUCAUCCUGCCAAACCGCUUUGACAUGAAUGUGUGUUCAAGGUUUGUGAAAUCUCUGAACGAGGAGGACAGCAAGAACAUCCAGGACCAGGUCAACUCUGAUCUGGAGGUGGCUUCUGUUUUAUUCAAAGCUGAGUGCAAUAUCCAGACCUCGCCCUCCCCGGGUAUCCAAGUGCGUCAUGUUUACACGCCCUCCACCACCAAGCAUUUCUCCCCCAUCAAACAGUCGACCACGCUCACCAACAAACAUCGUGGCAAUGAGGUCUCCUCGACACCUCUGUUGGUGCAUUCUCUGUCCAUUCAUCAGCUCGCAGCCCAGGGGGAAAUGGUGUUCCUGGCCAGCAGGAUUGAACAAGAGACUGUGAUCAACCUGCAAGACGAGGAAGGCUUCACCCCUCUGAUGUGGGCCGCUGCACACGGACAGAUCGCUGUGGUCGAGUUUCUGCUUCAGAAUGGUGCUGACCCCAACCUCCUGGCCAAAGGGAGGGAGAGCGCUCUGUCUCUGGCCUGCAGUAAAGGAUACACAGAUAUAGUGAAGAUGCUCAUUGACUGUGGUGUCGAUGUAAAUGAAUAUGACUGGAAUGGAGGAGCCCCUCUGCUGUACGCUGUCCAUGGGAAUCAUGUGCGCUGUGUCGAGAUCUUGUUAGAGAGCGGAGCUGAUCCUACCAUCGAGUCGGACUCUGGCUUCAAUGCGAUGGACAUGGCCGUUGCUAUGGGACACCGGAACGUCCAACAGGUGAUGGAGGCUCACUUACUGAAGCUACUGAUGGGAAUCAGAGAAUAAACUGUGACACCAGAAGGGACGCCACGCCCGGGCUCUGGACAAUCAUGUAGCGCGCUCUGACUGUUGGACAACAGAAAUAUUACACUCCAUUAAGUAAUAGUUCUAGUGCAUCAUCAUCAUCAUCAUCAUCAUCAUCAUCGUGUUGUAAUGAUGUCUGUGAUGGUUUUGAUGUGUGAGUUCAGCAUUUCAAUUUAAACCCUCUUUCAUGCAAUUUUCACUGAAAAUGUGCACUGACAAAAAUGCAGCGCAGGGUCGAGGGAUUCUCUUUCACUGAGCGUGGAGGUUUUUAGAGUCUGUGUCCAUUCAAGGCUUCUUUUUUAUUUUAUUUGCGGUUUGCUGUGCCUGUUUUCCAAAACUGCCCUGAGCACAAAAAAAGACCCUCGGUAUCUUGGUAUCAUCUCUAGCUGUUCUUCAUCGCUGCAACUUUUGAAAAACUGCUUUGUUGUCGGUCACUUCUCCCUCACCGACCAAUCAGCGUCAAG